AUGGGGGUGUUCUAUAGAAGCUUUGUUAUCUUCACAAUUCUUUUCUUGGCAUUUUGCUGUUCUCUGAGUGAAUCCACUCAUAUUUCAUACGAUAAUCGAGCUUUGAAAAUAGAUGGUAAAAGGAAAAUCAUCAUUUCAGGAUCCAUACAUUAUCCUCGAAGCACUGCUGCGAUGUGGCCUUCCCUCAUUAAAAAGGCAAAGGAAGGUGGCUUAAACGCAAUUGAAACAUACGUGUUCUGGAAUGCUCAUGAGCCCGUCCGCCGCCAGUAUGAUUUUUCGGGAGACUUGGACCUCGUGAAGUUCAUAAAAACCAUACAAGAUGCGGGACUUUAUGCUAUUCUCAGAAUUGGUCCUUACGUAUGCGCGGAGUGGAACUAUGGAGGUUUCCCAGUGUGGUUGCACAAUCUGAGCAAGGAUAUGGCUUUCAGGACAACAAAUAAAAUAUUCAUGGAAGAAAUGGAGAUUUUCACAACUAAAAUAGUUGAUAUGAUGAAAAAAGAGAAACUUUUUGCUUCUGACGGAGGUCCUAUCAUCCUCGCUCAGAUUGAGAAUGAAUUUGGCGACCUCGAGGGCGCAUGGCACGGACUCGGGGUUGAUUAUAAGCCAUAUGUGACAGCGGUAGCUAAAUUUGCUGAUGGUUUAAAUACUGGAAUUCCUUGGAUUAUGUGUCAAGAGCAUGAUGCUCCGUUCCCUAUGAUUGAGACCUGUAAUGGGAUGUAUUGCGAUGGGUUUACUCCUCAAAACACAAGUAUGCCAAAGAUUUGGACAGAGCUUUGGACUGGCUGGUUCAAGGUUUGGGGUGACUUGGAUCCUCAUCGACCAGUGGAGGAUGUCGGUUAUGCAGUUGCUCGUUUUUAUCAGCGAGGUGGUAAUCUACUGAACUAUUACAUGUACCACGGUGGAACUAAUUUUGGUCGGAGUUCCGGUGGACCUCAAAUCACGACCAGUUAUGAUUAUGAUGCACCCCUCAACGAAUACGGUUUGCCAAAUCAACCAAAAUGGGGGCAUCUGAAACAACUGCAUGAAGUUAUCCUGUCGUUUGAGAAAAUUAUAACCCACGGUAACUUCGUAACAAGAGAUUUUGACAAUGCCGGCUGGAAGCGUGAGAUGACGGAGGUUACUUAUCAAGGGGAGAAGUUAUGCUUUUUCGCUAAUGGUGAAUAUGAGACUUACACCUUCCACUAUGAAGGACUAGAGUUCCCAGUUCUUCCUUGGUCUGUCAGUAUUGCUCAAGAUUGCGCCACUGAGGUUUUCAACACUGCCCGGGUUAAUGUCACGAAAGAAGUGAUGGAGUACAAUAAACAACAAGGUCCAUUAGAGUGGACAUGGAGAGCCGAGCGUGUGGAACAACUCAAGGAUCAAUCAGCUAAAGAAAAAUCGGUCACUUUUGCUGAUGAGUUGUUAGAACAGAAAUCUGUUACAAAUGAUACUUCUGAUUAUCUUUGGUACAUGACCAGUUUGGAAGUGGAUGAAUGCUCUUCUACAUUGGAGGAGGGGAAUGUUACCCUGAAGGUUCAUACAGAUGGCCAAGUUCUGCAUGCAUUUCUCAACAAGAAGCGUAUCGGAACUCAUUACCAAAAGGGUGGAGGCUUUGUUUUGGAGGCAGCUGGCAAACUUAAACCCGGGAUAAAUACAAUAUCACUUCUUAGUGCCACCGUCGGAUUGCCGAAUUAUGGCGUGUUGUUCGAUAAGAGUAGCUAUGGAGUUGUUGGUGAGGCAACUUUAACAUCUCUGGCUGGUGGACAUAUUGAUCUAGCGGGCGCGCAAUGGGGUUAUAAGGUUGGCAUAAGUGGUAUUGACGAGAGGAAAUUCUACUCCGACAAGGAAAAGCGAAAUUGGAAGAAUAACCCUCCAGUCAAUAAACAUUUAGUUUGGUACAAGGCAACCUUUGACACUCCAUCGGGCGUUGACCCGGUUGUGCUGGAUUUAGAGGGAUUGGGGAAAGGAGCUGCAUGGGUCAACGGGAAUAACAUUGGUCGGUAUUGGCCCAGCAUCAGGAGACCAGACAUUGGUUGCAAUCCAUGCGACUAUAGGGGACCCUAUAACCAGAAUGAUGCAAAAUGCCGCACAAAUUGUGGAGAACCAGCCCAAAAGUUUUACCAUGUGCCUCGAUCCUUCUUAAACAAAGAUACCAAGAAGAACGACUUGGUCUUGUUUGAAGAGUUUGGGGGAGAUCCUUCUCAAGUUAACGUCCGAACUGUUACUCCUAAAAAAGCUUAG